AUGGGCACGGCGGGCAUCUCUGGAAUCUACGGGUCCGAGACGAGCCGGUUCGUUCCGCAGAUGCUGACCAAAGCCGUGUCGGCGCCAGCAGUGCUGAAGGCUCUUGAUGACGGCGACAUCGCCCGAGCCAUGAUCCUGGCCCUCGCUCUCAACGAUUACGGCUUGCUGAGAAAGGUCUAUGAGAAGGUGCCGGUGCACUCCAUUCAGCUUGUGGUGGCCUCCAUCGGCUCGCCUUUACUACCCGCGCUGCUGUGGAAGCAAGGCACCGUCCACACUUCCGAUGAGAUGGGGCCACGCAUCUAUCACAAAGUCAUUCCUGAGUCCUACAGGGACAUGGUCGGCCCGCAGCCUCAUUUCAUGGUCAGCUUCUUCGACCCAAAUUCAAACGCUAGCUGGUCCUCCCUAGUCUUUGCGCACCCCGGCUUUGCUGACUGCGAGACUUCAGACGGAACUCAGAUCGAUGUUGAUGCUGCUCUUGACCCUCGCGAUGCUGCAGCAGUUGCGGGUAUGAUGAAGCCCGGGAUCAUGGUCGGAGCGGUUGCCAUCGACUUCAUGACGCGACGUCGGAAUCGCUUCAACGGUGUCAUCAACCACGUUGACCAACAUGGGCACUUCUCGAUCCGGAUCACCCAGGCCUUCGGAAACUGUCCCAAGUACAUCACAAGGCGUCGAGUGCAGCGUAUGGGCCAAAACCUGGAGUUUGUGACCGAGCCGGCGAUAGAAGCGUCCAAAAUUGGCGCCUUAGAGCAAUCCGUCAUCACAAGCGCGGAUAACAUGUACUUCGGGACAGGCACGGCAGAACAUGGAGCGGACAUGAACAUUCGCGGUGGCUCCCCAGGCUUUGUGCGCGUCUUGCACGGUGGAAGCACGAUUUGCUGGCCGGACUACACAGGAAACGGUUUCUACAUGAGCCUGGGCAACGUGCAGUUGCAGAAAAAUGCCAGCCUCGUCUUCGUGGACUGGGAUGGCACUGGUCACGGUGUGCAAGUUGCAGGAAGUGUUCGAACGAUUGAGAGGUCCGAGGUCACGGAUGCGGACAUGCUCAAAGUCUUGGAGGAGGAACCACAGGCCUUGAGACUGGUGGUCCUGGCUGUCCAGGGUCUCCGCUCUAUCCCGCGGUACAGCCCCCACGUCUACGAGAAGGUCGAGCUGAGCCCAUACAAUCCACGUCCGCAGGGAUCGGGGCCAGAGUACCUGGCUGUUCUCCAGUGGGUGCGCCAAGAGUCCCAGGAUGUUCGGACCUUUGAGUUGCAACUGGCACCGCUUCCGAAGGCAGGCUCCAUCGUCUUGAAGCCAGGGCAACAUGUCCGGCUGGCACUUCCAGACCUACAGGGAAAGGAAGCUUCGCCCCCGGAACGAACCUGGACAGUAACCUCUUCUCCUCAGUGGUUCGCAGACCAUGCGCGCUUCCAGAUCUCGGUGAAGCUGAAGCAUGGUGGCCUGGCGUCGACUUGGCUCCACCAGCUCAGUCGCGAGGAAAUGAAGAGUGCCAACAUCCAUUUUCUUGGCUUCUCAGGUGAAUUUGGCCCACAGCUUGACCCCAGCAGCGGGGAGCUGCGCAGCCAGGUCUCCAUGCCGCGGCACUCCGUUUUCCUGACGGCUGGGAUUGGCUCUACCCCUGCACUUGCGGCUCUCAGUGCACUUGUAGAAUCGGCCCCUCGGCCGGAGACUCUUACCAUCUUCUCUUCGGUCCGUGCGAUCUCAGAGCUGGCUUUCUUCGAGAGGCUGGCAGAGGCUGGCACGAGCCUCGCGCAGUUGAGCGUCACUUAUCGAGCCGUAAUCCUGCUGACCGGAACCGAUGCAGCGAAGGAGAAGCAGAAGCUGGAGAUGAUGCUGAAGCAGAACUCCAUCAGCUCCGUCCUGGUUGAAGCUGGCAGGCUUUCGACGAAGCUAUUGACAGAUCUCAUGCCAGCAGAGGCCAUGCAAGUCUCCGAGAACAUCGAAGCCUUCGUCUGUGGCCCAGCAGGUUUUGAGUCUGCCGCCAGAGAUGCGUGGACUGCCGCAG